AUGGCCUCAUUCCUACUACACCGCCGUCCGUUGACGAACAGGACUUUGCAGAACCCCUCUCGUCCCCCGCCAAGCAAGCCAGCUCGUAUAGCAUCUGGUUCGAAACGACCUCGAUCACCAGACCAUGGGGAGUCCCCAGCUCCUCCCAGCGUGAAACGCGUGCGCGCCACCCCACCCCCCCAACCUCCGGCCAACCGUGAUGCACAACGAGAGAAACGCCACACCGAGCGAGAGCAGAAGGAGGCGGAGUUCAGGCACAAAUAUCGAACUGCUUUCCCAACCUUCGCAUUUUAUCUCGAUGCAGACAAUAUCGACUGUAGUGUGCACAGUCUCAAAUCCCGGAUUCUUCAUCUUGGAGGGAAAAUUCACCAAUUCUUUUCUUCCGAAGUCACACAUCUCAUCACCGACGUAACAGUACCGCAUAGCUCGAAUCCCGACAAGGAGAAUAGUCAGAAUGUCAGGCCUACAGCCAGUAGAAUCGUUCCCGGAUUGAAGAGUCCUAUCAAACUUGUCAACCGCGCCAGCGAGGACCCAACUUCAUAUGGGCUCGUUCAGAAUGCACAACAAUGGAAGAAGAAAAUCUGGAGUAGCGCCAAACUAGACAGUGUGCUAUCACGCUGUCUCCCAGAACCCGUACUCUCAAAGACUGCGGUUAACUCUCGCCAAUCUGGCAACGCGUUGCAGGCCCCUCAACGAGCUCUCUCACGCCUCCUGCAAACCGAGAAGAUCCAUGGAACUACAGAACGCGAUCCCAACGAGAAACGGCAUGAUUACCACUACUUCACGCGUGGUUCAUGUUUCGUUCUUUUAGAGGAUAUGCGUCGCGAGCUAGCCACUAUCGCAUCUCAUGAAUAUCCCAUCAUCAAAGACAUAGAGAAGUCAGGCAAGAAGCCAUGGCCGGUUCUUUACGGGCACCCUCACUGCAGGAAUCCUUUCAUCCCUUUCGAUGACAAGGAAAAAAGAAGAUGGGAACGGCAGCAGCAAGCAGAAAAGGACGAAGAGGCUGAACGCGCAGCCCGCAAGAAGCGGCAGAUGCAAUUAGCAGCACUCAAGAGGAAGGCACAGCAAAAAGAAAACAAGAAAGACGACCUCCGGAGAACAGUCUCCUUGAGCAACUUUCGGCGGCAAUUGUUUCCAGAAGCAGAGCCAAAUAAUUGCGUCGAUCUCGACGAUGACUACGAUGAGGAAUCUGUCAAUGCGUCGGGAUAUCUCGCUUCCGGGGCAUACGUAGCUGCUUCUGGAAACAGCGUCGGCAUCACAUCGACGACGGGUACAACGUCGACUUCUGGGCAUGGUCUGCGCAAUGGCCAACUUCCAGCUCCGUUGCACGACCGCAUGAAGCUGCAUGUUGUAACUAACCUCAAGUUUCCAGCCAAGGCAGAUAACAAUGCCAUGGGCCCGCCUUCCAAAGUGCCGAACAAGCAGCCAAUAUUGAGGAAGAGCAAGAGCAUGAAUACAGUGAAGCUACCCAAACGGGAAGAAGGCGACAAACCUGGUUAUUGCGAGAGUUGCCGUAUGAAGUUCUCUGAUUUCAAAACGCACUUGGUCUCGAAGAAGCAUCAGCAAUUUGCUACAACCUCCACCAAUUUCGAAGCACUAGACUUCGUACUCGACCGGCUUCGAAGGCGAACUCACCAAGAGAUGGUUCAAGAGGAGGCCAAAUUUGCAUCUCAGAUGCAUUCCCGUUACAUGGAACAUCUUUCCAAGUAA